AUGACAGCGUCAAAAGAUCCCAACGUCAUUGGCUCUCAUUACAUUGUUGAUGGUGAAACUUUCAUUAGAGUCCCUCGAUUAAAGCGUCACAUUCGUGGAGUUGACGAAGAGAUUGCUAAACGAUUGGAAAGAAGAGCAAAUGAAAAAAUCAAUCAAGUUGAACAAAGCUUUACUGAAUUGUCGAUUAAUGUUAGUAGUAAUGGAUAUGUGAAUGGAGCAGGAGGAGGGUCUUUAUCCAAUUUUUAUCCUUCAGUGGCUAGUAAUUGUCAAAGUAGUAAUAAUAGUACUACCAAUGGAAGAAGUUUAAAUGAUCGCGAAGCCACCAAUUAUAUCCAUCAAGUAAGCAAUUACAAUGGGUGUCGUGUUAGGUUUCAAGAUUCUUCAUCGAUUCUAUAUGAUCAGCUGUCAACUAGGGAUUCAAUUAGUGAUAAUGGAAGACAAAUUCAAGCAGCACCAAAUGGUGGAGGAGGAACAGUCGUGACUGGAUCACUUGGUGUUUCAUCCAGAUAUUUACACCAAAUGAUACAACAAGUUUGUUUAGCUUUGGAUAUGUCAUUUACUGAACUGAAUAUGACAAAAAUCAUUGAUAGGAUUAAUGAAUUAAAAACGAGUCAAUCAGUUUCAUUUCAAGCCCAAACUUGGAUGAAUGAACGCAAUAACCUCCACAAAAAAUUUGCAACUUUAGAAGAGUCGGUUUCGGAAAAGAAUGGUGUAAUUAAAGCCCUUAACUUAGAUGUACAAGAUUUGAAACAGAUUGAAGUGCAACAUGUGAACAAGAUUGAAUUGUUAGAAGCUCAAUUGAAAGAAUCUUCAAUGAAUGCUGCCAAGACCAUUCUGGAGUUAUUAGAAUGUAAAUCGAGUUUUGAAUCAAUUGAAAAUGAUAUGAAUACCAAGGUUCUUCAACAAGAGAAACAAAUCCAACAAUUGGAAACCAAACUCGAUAAAUUAGAAAAGGAGAAUGCUCAAUUGACACAAGAUUUGGACAAGUACAAACUGAGUAAUCUUGAAUUAAGCAAAGAAAAUCAAUCCUUAACCACCAAACUCAAUUCCUUCAAUCAAUCCCAUUCAGAUGAAAAGACUCAAUUGGAAAAGAAAUCCCGCCACUUGAAAAAACAAGUUGCUGAAAAAGAAGCCAAGUUGGAAUCACUCACUAAUCAAAUUGCCACUACAAAGACUAAAUGUAAUCGGAAAUUGACCACCAUGGAAAAUGAACAUAAUUCAAUUGUUGAUACCCUAGCUGUUGAAAUUCAAAUUUUGCGCAACAUUAUUAAUAAAUAUUUCGAAAAUGGUCAUGUUAACAACGAAGCGUACCUGGCUGCAGUGUUACCACCCAGUGGAUUACCUGCCUCAAUGUCGUCACUCAAAGAUCCAGUGGUUUCACCACCGACAAGAUCAAAAUCAUUAUCGACUCCAAAAGACAGCAACACCAACAAUCACAAUCCGCCGCCACAACCAUCAUCUAACGAUGACCUUGAACCCGUCAAUUCAGCCAUUCCACAACACCUUGUCACUUCAAUCGCCCAAAACCUCAACCACGAAGACCCAACUAGCUCUUCCACGCUUUACUUGCGCCAUUUAUACGAAAACCGAUACUUGCACGCACUAAAAGAAUCAAAAGACAUGGCUGACUCAAACACAAUCAACAAUUCAACAGUAACCAAUUUACUCAACAUUCAUAUCCAUUACUUGACCAAAAUCAUCCCCACAAAUGAACGAUUAGGAUAUUUCAAAUUGUUGAUUAAAGAAUAUCAAACUCGUAAAAUUCUCAAAUCAUCUGAUUUGACAUUGAUUAAGAAAUUGGUGGAAACUGACGCUGGAUUAAUGAGUGAUGUUCAUAAACGAUUGAAUGAAUUGGAUAAAUAUGUGUUGUAA